AUGAAACAGUUAACCCAUCUUGACUUGCGGAAUACUGGAAUAACAAAAAAAAGUGCAGAAUUGAUUUCUAACGAGUUACCUAAAUUGACGUAUCUCAAUAUAUCGUAUAAUGAUAUUAGAAACGAAGGUGCAAAGUAUUUAUCUGAAAUGAAACAGUUGACGGCACUUGAAGUAUACGAAAUUUAUUUAGAUAUUGAAGGGCUUUCAUACUUAACAGAAUUGAAACAAUUAACAAAGCUCAACGUCAAUACUAAUUUAUUUGGUGUUGAAGGUUGUAAGAUUGUUAGUGGAAUGAAGCAGUUGAAAGAGUUGUGGAUUAAUGAAAAUGAUAUUGGAGAUGAGGGUGUAAAGUAUUUGUGUGAAUUGAAAUCAUUGACUAGUUUGCAUUUGGAAGAGAAUAAUAUUGGAGUUGAGGGUGUCAAAUCAUUAUGCUCUGCUAAUUUGAGUCAUUUAGCAACGCUUGAAAUUAGGGAUAAUCAGCUAAUAGAAGAUGAUUAUCAAUUAUUCGAAAGUAUGCCACAGUUGAUUGACCUUUCUCUUGAGUGGUAA